AUGAGGACCCUUGCCCUCCUCACUGCCCUUCUGCUCUUGGCCCUCCAGGCCCAAGCUGAGCCCCUGAGAGAGAGAGCUGAUGAGGUUCCUGCCCAGGACCAGCCUGAGGCCGAGAUCCAGGACAUGACCAUCUCUUUUGAUGGGGAUGAGCGCUCCGCUCGAGAUGCUUCAGGCACUAGACCAACAAUCACCUGCCACUGCAGUCGCCCUUUCUGCACAAUACGUGAGGUUCAACGUGGGACCUGUACUGAUAUCCGCUCUGGCACCAAAUACCCGCUUUGCUGUCGCUGA